CAUCUCCAGCAAUGCCCACGCACAGCGCUUUAAUGAAUAAUUGACGUGGUAACCAAAAUAAAUAUCCCUGUAUCAUCAUCCACUGGCAAAUUAUCGGCAGGAAAACAGUUGAAUACGGUGCUGAAAGCGGGGGACCCGAUUUUUUCCUAACAAGAAGGAUGGAUACACUGUAAGAAUCUUCAUAUGGGCGUUAUGAAGGCUCAGCAUACUUGUAAAUGCUUAAGCAAUGAAAAAUAUUGCCGGUGAUUUGAGUUAAAAUGUAUGUAAUAUCUGGUCAAGUUGACAUUGACGAAAUGGGUUAUUCCAUGAGUAGAUUGGAUAUAGAAUCUGAUUACUUUGAUAGUGAUGAGUCCAGCAGUGAAGCCAGUAACAGUCACAGUAAAUGUAAGAAUCAUUUGAAUAAUUUAGAUCAUGAGAUUGCCCAGCUCACAAAGCUGAAAUCUGGACCACAUGAGAAGCUGAGCAAAGUCAUACCGGGAAAGCAGGACUUGCCUGUUUCUGUGGUAAAGAUGUUGGCAUCUAGGCAAGGUAAUUAUUCAGGAAGAGGGAGGUUCUCCUCGGCAGAUUGCUGCCAUAUUUUAAGUAGAUAUUUGCCAGUCAAUGGACCAUGGCUUGUGGAUCAGAUAAGCAGCAGAGCAUAUGUUUCUCAGUUUUCAGCUGAUGGUUCUUUGUUUAUUGCUGGAUUUCAGGGAAGCCAAAUCAGAAUAUACAAUGUGGAGAGAGGAUGGAAACUACAGAAGGACAUUCGUGCCAAAAGUUUGCGUUGGACAGUUACAGAUACAUGUCUUUCUCCAGAUCAACACCAUCUCGUUUAUGCAAGCAUGUCACCUAUUGUCCAUAUUGUUAAUGUUGGUUCUGGGCCAACAAAGUCUUGUGCAAAUAUAACGGAGAUACAUGAUGGAUUGGACUUCUCUGCUGCUAGUGAUUUAGGAGGUUAUUCAUUUGGAAUCUUCUCUGUGAAAUUUUCAACUGAUGGGCGAGAACUUGUUGCUGGAAGUAGUGAUGAUUCUAUAUAUGUUUAUGAUCUUGAAGCAAAUAAGCUUUCUCUUAAAAUUUUGGCACACACGUCUGAUGUUAACACUGUGUGUUUUGCUGAUGAAAGUGGCCAUCUAAUUUAUUCUGGAAGUGAUGACAAUCUUUGCAAGGUGUGGGAUAGACGUUGUCUAAAUGCAAAAGGGAAGCCAGCAGGAAUCUUGAUGGGACACUUAGAAGGCAUUACAUAUAUUGAUAGCCGUGGAGAUGGUCGUUAUUUUAUCUCAAACGGUAAAGAUCAGACUACCAAACUUUGGGAUAUUCGGAAAAUGCUCUCUAAUACUACCUGCAACGUGGGGCUUAGGAAUUAUGAAUGGGAUUACAGAUGGAUGGACUACCCACCCCCUGCAAGAGAUUUGAAACACCCAUCUGAUCAAUCAGUUGCUACAUAUAAAGGCCAUUCCAUCUUGCGUACUCUUAUCCGUUGCUACUUUUCUCCUGCAUACAGCACUGGCCAAAAAUAUAUCUACACUGGAUCCCAUGAUGGUUGUGUCUAUGUUUAUGACUUGGUGAGUGGAGCCAAAGUUGCUGUCCUGAGGCACCAUAAUUCACCUGUAAGAGAUUGUAGUUGGCACCCAUAUUACCCAAUGCUGGUUAGCUCUUCUUGGGAUGGAGAUGUUGUGAGAUGGGAAUUUCCAGGGAAUGGAGAAGCUCCAAUUGCUAUGAACAAGAGGAGAAUCCGGAGGAGACAGUUCUUCUUGUGAUAUGAGGCUCGUGCAAAUGAAAAGCUGAAAAGCAGAGGACUAUCAUUUCUGUCACAUAUAUAUGACAAGCUUAUAAAAGUUUGAGACCAAAAUUUGUCGUCAUUUCAUACAUUGGCGAGGGAAACUUAUAAUUGCACCGUGUUGAGGUGGCAGGAUUCUACUCUUAAUUCACAUACUAUUGUCAUGUACCUAGAUAUUGUAUAUUUAUUUAUAUUAUAAAAUUAUAUAUAUAAUUUUAUAUAUAAAUAAAGGUAUAUUAUUGUAUAA